GAGCGAAUUGAACGUAGAGCGAAUUGAAAAUAACGGUCAAAAAAUAUUUGAAAAAGUUCGUAUUUGAAUACCACCAUUGAAUUACAAGCUAAGAUAGAGAAAAAGUUAAUUAUAUCAAAAAGUCGAUAAAAACAGCAUAAAAUAUCAUUAACAGAGCAUAAAUCUGUAGUUAAAGUUACAUAAAUUGUUUUAAUUAUAUUUUUGAUUAGUUUAAGUGUAAGGAAAAAGUGAUAAAUCAAUGAUUUUAAAAAUGUUUUACUGAUCACAUUUUUUCUCAUUAUAAACUCCUGCAAAGUUCUUAAAAUUUUCUUCUUAUUUAUCGCAUAUAAAGCGGAUAAAUAGCAUUAGUAAAGUAAGUAUAAAAGGAUAUCACCAAAAAAAUUAAAGUUUGACGCCAUGCGUAGUUCUAUGGAUGAAAUUGUUGAUGGCGAUAUUAAGGAAAUUAAUAAAAAUAUCAGUGGAAGAAGAAGUAUUCGAGACAAUUACAAUUACGAAGAAAUUUCGAGUCGCAAAAAAGUGAAUAAUAAUGAAGACCGAUCAAUUUCGGAGCCACCACAAUCACGUUAUUCAUCGACAUAUACUAAUAAUCACAAUACUGGAUCAGGUAGACUGAAAACAAUUCGCGAAAAGCAAGUUGUAGACGAUGUUGGAUCGUCUGAGGAUGAAGAGGAUUUUUCAAAAUCCAAUAGCCAAUUGAAUGAAAGUGAUUUAGAUCUCGAAAUUCCGGAAAGUGCAUCACAUACACCUACUCCAACAUUAUUGACAUCAAAAUCUCGCCGAAUAAACAGUGAAACGAAUUUGAAUGAUUCAAAGAGACGAUUAACAGGUUUUAUGGGCAAUAGGAGUAAGCGCUUUUGUGCAUCUACUAGUGAAUUGAACUUUGCAUCACAUCUCGAUACACAUAAAUCAUUAUUUUCGCCGAAAAAUAAUCAAAAUAGCCGUUCGGGAAGUCUCUUUGGAAGUAAUAUGUCACUAAAUAGCACCAAUAGUCGGCUUUUUGUGGCCAAUUCACCAUUUUAUAAUGGUAAGACAACUUUUGGUGGUGCAUCAGCAUAUCCAAGACGAGAUAUUAAUCAACAUAAAGUGUUGAGGACGCCUAUUCAAAUGAGACCAUCGUCAAGCUUAUCAAAUUCAUCAAAUACAUCAACCAAAUCGGAGGGAGCUUUAGGGCCGGAAUCAAAUGCUGCAAAACGUAUACUUGAAAUUAUGACACAAUUUAGUGGUCCGCUAAAGGAGACUCGUAAUAUGGGAAAUAAUAUCAAUUCAAUGAUUAAAAUUCCAGGAUUAGUUCAAACUCGUAAGCGAUUUGGCGAUGAGGAUUUACAGCUGGAUCGAAGCAUAUCAUUAACACGACCAACUGCUCCUUACAGUCGUCCUUUAGUAACAUCGAGAAAUCAACAGCAACAACAACAACCCGAAUCGCCUUCAAUAUUAUUGAACUCACAGGCAAAUUCAAAGACACCUCAAAUUCCGACAAUGUCACAGUUAUUGAAAAUGAAGAGACUUCAAAAUAGCACAGAACGCGUUCGUGAAAUUGCAAAUCGGUCUGAAAACUUCCUUAAUCAAACUCAUGAAUAUAAAUUACCGUCACAAAACGAUGAAUUACAAUCAAACAAUACAGUAAAUGCUACUUCAUCGUCCUCAUCAUCAUCAUCAUCAUUUAAAAUGAAAAGUAACAUCACGAAGAAUCUAUUAAGAAACGACAAAGGAAUCGAUGAACUUCCUCCAACACCUCUCAAUCUGCCGAAUAUUCAAUUGCCAGAGUUAAAGUCAAUUCCAAAGUUUGAUAUUAAACUUCCAAAUUCAAACAAAUCACCAACAUCAUUUGUAGCAACAACAGUAACAAGUAACAAUAUUAUUGCAUCCAAGUCAAUCAAUAUCGAUAAAACGCCCUCAAUUUUCUCAACAACAACUUCACCAUCAUCAUUAUCUUCUUCGACGAUGUUCAAAACUGCCACAGAAAUGACAACAAUUAAUCAAUCAACAGAGAUGAUUAAGGAAAAGAUAGUUUUGAAAGUAAAUAAUAGUAGCUUUAUAUUUUCAAAACCAAUUCGAUUGAGCGUCAGUGAUGCUGACUAUUUGAACUUAAAAGUCACGACUGAUUACUUUAAGUUUAGCCAGCCAAUUCUUAUUGACGAUGAAAUGAAUUCAUCAGAAAAAGUUUUAGAAAUUCAGCCAACAAAGCCAGUGACAGAUAAUUUAUUUAAAAAUCUUGUUGCACAACAAAAGUCUCAAUCAUGGGAAUGUGAUUCGUGCAUGACUCGAAACGAUUUUGACAAGACCAAGUGUUUAUGCUGCGACAGUGUCAGACGGGAUAGUGGGAUUAGUUCUCAUUUAUCAAGCACGUCCUCUAUUAAAGAAUCCUCAAAUGCACCGCCAACAGAUGAUUUAUUCAAGACUCUUGCCGCUCAGCAGAAAAAAUCACAGUGGGAUUGUACUGAAUGCUUUAGUAAGAAUGAUUUAGAUAAAGAGAAAUGCUUGUGCUGUGAAACUCCAAAGCCUGGAAGUAAACCAACCACAACUAGUUCCUCGUCAGGAUUUAAAUUUGGAAUGCCUGCUGUUGCACCAGCUAAAGACGAUUUGUUUAAGACUUUAGCUGCUCAGCAGAAAAAAGCUAAUUGGGAAUGCAGUGAGUGCAUGACAAGUAAUGAUGUAAAUAAGGAAAAAUGUGCAUGUUGCGAGGCUCCAAAACCCGGUAGCCAGAAAGUGUCAAGCCAAACCUCAAGCUUUUCUUUCGGUGUAAAAUCAUCAACAAGUGAUUCGCCAUUAAAACCUCAAUUUUCUUUUGGAAUGCCAACAUCAACACCUGCUUCAUCGUCAUCAAAAAAUGUCGACGCAGAUUUUAAGAAAAUUGUUGAAAAACAAAGUGCAAAUUGGGAAUGCUCAGCAUGUAUGACAAGAAAUGAUCAGUCAAAAUCAAAAUGUAUUUGCUGUGAGCAAGCAAAGCCUGGCUCAUCGGAAAAUAAAUCUCAAUUUUCAUUCGGAAGUAAAGUUUCAUCGACAGUCUCACUUCCAGCGCCAUCAGAAGUUAAAUUUUCAUUUGGAUCGCAGCCAGUAAAAUCAGAUACAGCAUUAAAUAAGGAUGAGAAUAAUAAGAAAAAUGACGAUAAGGUCGAUGAAGUUGAUAAGCCAAAACAACCAUUUUCAUUUGGUGCCGUUAAUAACACAUCAAGUACUGAGACGUCAGCAUUUUCAGCAUCAAGCUUUACAUUCAAAUCACCUCAAGCCAGUACAGUAAAUGCUUCAUUUACAAUGAAAUCACCAAAUACAGUUGGAGACAAGAAAAAGGAAGAGGACGUAACAGAGAAAAGUGACACGACUGAAAAAGGAACUGAUAAGACUUCAAUGUUUUCAUUUGGAAGUAAAACUGCUAAUGUUCCUGAAAAGAAAGUUGCCUUCGAUAUUCAGCCAAAAGUUGCUGAAGAAAAGUUGCCUGAAAAAGUAAGUGACGAGAAAAAGGCUGCUGGUGGUUUUUCAUUUCCAACAGCAACCAGCACGCCUGCACUUGAGAAUGCAAAUAGUGCUUUAAAAACUAAUGGAGGAUUUAGUUUCGGUGGAUUUGCAAAGCCUGAAACAACCACAAAGGAAGACAAUAAGCCAGCUAGUGGAGGUUUUCAAUUUGGUGCAGCAAGCACAAGCUCUCCAUUUUCAAGCACAUCAUCAACUGCUUCUGUACAGCCAACUAGUACUUUUGCCUUUGGAUCGCCUAAAAUACAGACAACUGAAACAUCUGAACCUCAAAAGCCUGCAAUUUUCGGUAGUUUUGGAAAUACAGCACAACAAACUAAUGCAUCGCCUUUCUCAUCGACCUCAACUAAUCCCGUUGCCACAUCCUCAACGCCAGUUUUUGGACAAAAUGCAGCUUCAACUUUUUCAUUCGGUGCCGCAGCAGCCAAAAAAGAUGAAAUUACUCCAAUCUUUGCUUUUGGAAACUCGAAACCUGCUGCAAAUUCAAAUAUGGUUUUUGGAAGUAGUACUUUUGCAUCGUCAGCAUCGACUCCAAGUGUUACUCCAAUGUUUGGUGCCCAUCCAACACCAACUUUCGGUUCAAAUUUAUCAACAAAUAAUAACAAUAAUGAAGGCUUUGGAAGUAAAAUGGUCGGUUUUGGAGGCAUUCAAUCAGCACCAUCAAAUCAAUCUCAGAAGCGAGCCUUUGACUUUGGCUCAUCAGACGUGCCACAAAAGAAAUUUGAUUUCGGUCAGCAACAGCCACAAGUAGUCCAACAAUCAAGUUCUGCGCCUUUCCAAUUCAAUGCUCAAGGAAAUGCUGAGACAGUAAAGCCGGCAUUCAGUUUUUCAGCAACACCAGCACCUCAAUCAUUUAACUUUACUGGAGUUAACAGUAAUGCAAAUAAUAAUGUGGUCAACAACAAUAUUGCACAGACGCAAUCACCACAACCAGCUGCAACAAACAUCAUGCAAUUUGGAGCUACUAGUGCUCCAACGGUUGCUAUUCAAGGAAUCAAUGCAUUUGGAGCUCAAGCAGCUGCAACCACACCACAACGAAAAAUAUUGAGAGCUGCUCGUCGCGCGACUCGUCGUUGACGUGAUUAAUUCUUAACAAUUAUUAAUUUUUUUUAAAAACAUUUAAAGUUUAAACACAACAAAAUAUUAUGAAAUAGGACUUAUCUGAAAUGAAGCAGAAAAAAAAACAGAUUUAAGCAAAUAAAGUGUGAUGAAAAAGAAGAGAAAACAAGUCGAUCGACUAAUCGCGUAAAAUUGGGGAAUGUAAGACAUAAAAAAAAUGUUGAUUAAUUUAUAUUUUAUACUCGUUAAACACAUCGAUCGCAAAGAUAUUUUGUCUUCUUUUUCGAAGGCACCUAAAACCCUAAAGUGUAGUAAUUUAAAGAAAGAAUAAAAAGUAUGUGACGGCGGAGUGAAAAUUAAAUAAAUUGAAAUCGUCCUUAAGAAAAAAAAAAGCUGAACGUGAAGCAUGAAAUAAUUAAAAAUACUGAACAAUAAAAGUGAUUUGUACAGACAGGAAGUGGCGAUUGCUCUCAGGAUUUUACUUCCUUUAUAAAUUGAAAUUUAAAAAUUUGUGUCAAUGUAUUUUGAAUAAUAAAGAAAUUGAAGUUAACUCGAAAUCCUGACUGCAAAUUGCUACCAAAAUAAUAAUAUGACAUGAUUAAACUUGAUUACAUAAGCAUAACAUAAUUAAAUAAACCUUUUUUUUUUUCUUGUUUUGUAAAUGCAUUUUUACAAUGUAAAGGAUGGAAUUCGAUAAAAGCUAUGUUCUUUUCAGUUAAUAUCAUGAAUUGUUUUAGUUCUUGUCAAAAUAAACGAGUAAAAAAUUGAUUUUUAAAAUUAUUUUAUCUAAUUUAUUGUGUUCUUUCUAGUUCUUUCAGGCUAUAGACAUACGACAUAAGAAC